AAGAUUCUUCCUCUAUCUCAACGGAUCUCUCUCUCUCUCUCUCUCUCUCUUCCACUUCACAACGACCUCUCACCCACAUUUAACAAUUACCCUCCACCAAUCAAAACCCUUUAAAUAUUACCUUCUCUUUCUCUCUCUAGCCGCUUAAAAGACUCUUUCAAAAAGACCCUUUCAACAUCUCUCUCUUCCAUCUCUAUAUAACUACAUCUAUGAAUACUUCUCCUCUAUAGUAACCCUAAAAAUACUAUCUUUACCUCUUCUACAGAAACCCCAAAUGGAUUGCUUGGUCCUCCCUUGCUACGUCAUGAAGAGACGACGACGGAGAUCAACCCGACCACGUCUCGGCUACCACCGCCUCAACAAAUCCAACGUCGGCCGCCUUGAUGGAGCGGAGAGUAGUCUAGUGAAGGUUGUGGCGGGGAAGGAGAAGAGAGAAUUCUUAGUAGACCCUUUUGUGUUAGAAGAAAAUCCGUUUCGGAUUUUGAUCGAAAAGGGAGGAGAUGACAAUGAAGAUGAAGAAGAAGAUGGGAAAAGGAAAAGAGUUAUAUUUGUCGAUGUUGAUUCUAUUUUGUUCGAGCACUUGCUAUGGCUCAUGUACAACGAUUGUUCUUCUUUGUUUAAGCUCAAUGUAGAGGAAAUUCUAGACUUUUAUGCUCAAGAUUUUUAGAGGAAGAGACAGAAAAUUCAUAACACAUAAUUAAAGGUAUAAUAUAAUUCAGUCAUAUAUACAAUAAACAUAUAUAUAUUAUAUGUAUUUGUACUAAUUGUUGAAGUUUAUGUAAAUGGUGUUCAUCUGAUGGAAUUAACGGAAUAAAAGAUUAAUUAUUCAA